CACCGGUCGCCUCUCUCCGCGCCGGCGAGCUGAUCGACCUCGAGGAGCGCGCGACAUUGACCAGGGCGUGCGUCCGGCCGCAUCCCUUUGUCCUCCUUCCUCACGGAGCGGAGCGCCGCCGCUCCCAAGUCGCAGGCCUCAAAGGGUGGGCGUAGCGAUCAGCUAGCCAAGGAUGUCGAUGAUGAUGGCCGUCGUCGCCGAGGGCGAGUCGGCCGUCGAGCUGCUGCUCCGCGCGGCGGCGAUGGUGCCCGCGGAGCGCUACGCGCUGGCCGCCAUCAUCUUCGUGUCCGUCUUUCUGUACCGCUUCCUCGAGUUCCACGUCAUCGGCGACAUCCUCCACGGCUUCCGGGGCGGCCGCGUUGAGCUCACCUUCCACCCCAACUCGGAGAUCUACCACCGCGUCGCGUCCAAGUGCCGCUCGCUCCACGGCAGGUAUCUGGCGACGCCAUGGCUGGCGAGCCCGCAUUUGCAGACAUUGUUCCUGAACAUCUACGGGAUGCCGCCUUCAUUCACGUACAAAAGACAGUUGUACACAGUACCUGAUGGUGGAACCAUUGCUUUGGAUUGGCUGCUCGCAUCUGAUUUGGAAGUUGCCGACGGAUUCAUUUCUGAAGAUGCUUCAACACCCCUUAUAGUUGUGGUUCCUGGAUUAACUAGUGAUUCUUCUGCUGCUUAUGCAAAACACUUGGUUUAUUCCAUGGCAAGCAAAGGAUGGAAUGUUGUUGUAAGCAACCACAGAGGUCUUGGUGGUGUGUCCAUUACUUCAGAUUGCUUCUAUAACCAUGGUUGGACAGAAGAUGUCCGAGAGGUCAUUAAAUACCUGCACCACAGAUAUCCGAAAAACCCAUUGUUUUGCAUUGGUACAAGCAUAGGUGCUAAUAUUGUGGUCAAGUAUCUUGGAGAAGAAGGAGAGAAUACUCCUCUAGCUGGUGCAGUAUCUAUUUGUUCUCCAUGGGAUCUAGUGAUAGGUGACAGAUUUAUUUCCCGCAAGCUUGUGCAGCGUAUUUACGGCAAAGCACUUGCAGAUGGUCUGAAGGGCUAUGCAAAAUUACAUCAACCUGUCAUGGCCCGACUUGCAAACUGGGAAGGUAUUAAAAAGUCACAAACUAUCCGGGAGUUUGACCACCACGCUACUCGUGUUAUCGCAAGAUAUGAGACAGUGGAUACCUACUACCGCCAGUGCAGCAGUGCUAGUUACGUUGGAAAUGUUUCAGUCCCCUUGCUUUGUAUCAGUGCUUUGGAUGAUCCCCUUUGCACAAGGGAGGCUAUUCCUUGGGAUGAAUGCAGGGCCAAUAAGAAUAUUGUUUUAGCAACUACUCCGAAUGGUGGUCAUCUUGCAUUCUUUCAAGGACUAACUGCUCGAAGACUAUGGUGGGUUGGAGCUACUUCUGAGUUCCUUUCUGCUCUUCAUGAUAGCUCCUACAUGCAUAGGCAGAAGGUUGUCAGCGGGACUAAGGAGGGCAAGAAGUGAUACGCCACUGUUGAUCAUCUGGCAACAGAGUAGGGAACGCCGCCGUCUGAUAGAGUGGGGUAGGGAGCCUGGUGUGAGUGGGUUGCUACAAACCCGUUAUGUCUCCGUCGGUUGUUGUGUAACGGCGUAGGCUUAGUCGGUGGUGGGAGGCAUAUAUAACUGACACCUUGUAUCUGAAGUCGGCAUCGUUUAACUGAAACUCUGAACCCUAUCUGAAUAAAAUUCAGUCCUCUGUUCUUGCUGUUCUUCCAACUCUCUCCUGCUUCUAACCCCGAACUCUACUCUAGUUAUCCGUCCGAUUCCUUGCAGGAUCGUGACAAAAGUGUGCUGGGCACCAACUCAUCAAUGAAAUUGGCCAUCUUAAA